UACAGUUGCGAGUGAGCGCAUUUCCAUCGACAUCUAUGAAAUUUUUAUUUUUUAACGCUCUCUGGCUGGCAUAUUUUGUAUAUUCCACAAAGGUAUAGCGGAUGGAAAUGGUGUGUACUUUUCUUCGUCCUCCAUGCUUGCGGUUUCCCACUUGGCGGAAGAAUCUCACACUUUACGGGCGCGAUCGGGUGUGUGACUGACGGUUUUUAAUUGCAUUAUUUGAUUAAAAAGAGAGAAAAGUUUUACUGCCGCCGUGUCGCGGUUCGUUUGGUUGGGUUUUUUUUCCUGCGUGUACUUUUUGGUGGCUGCCUUUAGCACGAAUUUUCCAUCCGGGUGCAAUACGAAAACAAAAGCCUGGUGAAAUAUACUCUACGAAGCAAAGGUGCAAGAAAAAUCAAAACACUGUGCACUAUGGUGUAUAGCAGCAGAUGUGUGUGAAGUUUUUGCGGAAAGUUGGCUCAAGAAAGCAGAAAAUCGGAAGCAGUGCUUGCAUGUUUACCGUAUUGGAAAAUAGAGAGAAAAAAGUUUAAUAUUGCGGUGAAAAUAGUGAAUGCUUUCCAUCGAAUGUGUGAAGUUAGAAAUAAUCAGUCAGCUGGAAAGUGAAUGACACCAUAAAAAGCCCAUAAUAUUGUCUCUCUGGAUUAAGCGAUUUCGGUGCGGAUAAACAUGGUUCUGAUUGCGGAAGAACAGCCUCGGACUUGUUAAAUCAUCGCUGCGCUGCGUCUCAACGGAAAAACGCCAACGCAAGCCGUACAGGACGUAGUUUAUGGGUUGUCCCCUCAAAAAUUUACCCACAGCAGCAGGGCAAUCACAACGCAAUCAGCGUGGCGAAGCAGUGAAUCCUGUGUGAAGUAGCAGUAGCCAUCGAUCGGACAAAUGAAGUCAUAGAAGUUGCCAGCUCUCGGACCAACAGAAAGAUAACGCGGCGAAAAGGCGGAAUUGUUUUGCGAAACUCACGCCAGAUCAUCGCCAGCUGCAGCCUAGGAAACAACGAAUGCACCCAUGAUCAUUUGGACGAACGCGCGCUGCAACGGUGUUGUAGCGGUGAAGUAGCGUUACAGAGAUAUAAACACGUCGACGUCGUCUCCCUUCAGGCCGGUCCUUCGCCCACCCACAAUCUUCCCCGUUGUACGCAUAUACAACGCGGAAGCGCGCGCGACUUGGUAAAGAGAAACAAAGCGAGCAGCAAGCAGCAGCAGCAGCACGAAAAUAGUUCGUGUGACUAAUCGUGAAGAUUUUCUUUGUCAUCACCGGAGCGUGAGAGAGUGUUUUCUCCGCUGGUGGAAGCUGGCAGUGAAAGAAGUGAAAAAAAGGAAAAAAAAAUAGUGUUGGGCGGAAAUAGAUGGUCGAGGGAAGAUGAUUUUAAUGUGUUCUACUAGCCAUCCCUCCCUGAGUGUGUAAUGUUAUGUUUUUAAGCUUAUGAAUGUGCAAUAGUCGGGGGCACAAUAUUAUUUGGUGGGCGUCACCGGCGAAGUGGUAGGCGUUUGUUGGAAGGUAUCGUUUCCAAGGUGUCUGUGACUCGCGUCGGGCGGUGAAGUUUGGGCGCGGUGCUGCGGUGAAAGAAAAGUGCGCAAAUCAAUUAUAUAGAUUGUGAAUUUCGAUCGUGAAGCUGUUGGCAUUGUCAAUAGCAUAAAAGUGUAGGGAGAGGAAAAAGUUCGUCGAGUUCCGAUCGAAGUCCGGAAAGAGUUCUGUUUGCGUGUGUGUAUGUGUAAACACCGGUGUGGGCAAGAAGGCGACUCUACACCGUUGUAGGCAACCAUAUUGAACGCACGGGUGAAUGUGUUUACCGGGGGCAUGAUAGUCCCCCCUCAUCUGGCCACAACACUCAACAACAGUGGUGGGGGGUCUGGUAGUAACAGUAACAGUACUGGGAAUAGUAGCAACAGUAGUAGUAGCAGCAACAACAGUGGUUUGUCCGCUACAGGGGCAGGAGGAGCAGUAGCAGGGGGUUUUGCAAGCCACCUCGGGGUAGGAGUAGUUGGAGCGGCGCCAUCGGCCACAGUAGCAUCGCUGGUGGUUAGCGGUAGCCAGGAUAGUCUGAGUGGUUUCAUACUCGCUGGUGGUGGCGGCGGAGGCAACGGCAACGGCAGUGGCAGUAGCGGAAGCGGAUCCAGCCGUACGGGGUCCAGCGACGGCAGCGGAAAUCGUAUACUCGCCGUCAAUCGCAACAUUGACGAUUUAUUGUUCGGCAGUGAUUUGGACUCUUUGAUCAAUGACAAUAUCAUAAAUGGAUUCAAAUCGUUGAAAGUGGUGGAUUUACACUCGCAGAACGACUUGGAUUAUCAACAUCGGCGUCAGUAUCUGCAGCAGCAAUCGCAAUCCCAACAGCUGCCGUACACUCAUCAUCAACCAUUCUAUCAUCAUUAUCAUUCUCAUCAGCUGCACUCAUUACCACCAAUCCAGCAGCAGCAACAGCAUCAACAAGCACCCACGUCAUUACACUAUCCACCUCACCAUCAUCAUCUGCAGCAACAGCAGCCGCAGCAACAAGUUAAUCACUGGAUUGAAUCGGAUAUCAUAACAAGUAGCAAGAUGCUGACUGAUAAGGCAAAACAGAAGUUAGCAGCACAAUAUGCAUCCGGAAAUGUUCCUGACUCAACGCGGCAGAGGCAUCAUGCGCCGCUCUACGGAAGACUGGUUACAGAAGAACACUUACCUGCCGUUCAUCGUGAUAUACAUCAGCGUUCGAUAAGUCCUACAUCAUCAACAGACAUUCGGGCGAUGCAAGCCCGAAUACCAUCGCAUUUCCGAGAUCCAUCGACGGCGCCACUGCGGAAGCUGAGCGUGGAUCUGAUCAAAACCUACAAACACAUAAAUGAGGUUUACUAUGCCAAAAAGAAACGAAGAGCUCAACAGACCCAGGGCGAGGAUACGUCACACAAGAAGGAGCGAAAGUUGUACAACGAUGGCUACGACGACGAGAAUCAUGACUACAUCAUCAAAAACGGCGAAAAGUUUCUCGAUCGUUACGAAAUUGAUUCACUGAUUGGUAAAGGCAGUUUCGGUCAGGUAGUGAAAGCAUACGAUCACGAGGAGGAAUGUCAGGUGGCCAUCAAGAUCAUCAAGAACAAAAGACCCUUCCUGAGCCAAGCACAAAUCGAGGUGAACCUGCUGGAAAUGAUGAAUCGGGCGGACGCGGAAAAUAAAUACUACAUCGUUAAGCUGAAACGACAUUUCAUGUGGCGGAACCAUCUGUGUUUAGUAUUCGAGCUGUUAUCCUAUAAUUUAUACGACUUACUGCGCAAUACCAAUUUCCGCGGCGUGUCACUGAACCUGACGAGGAAGUUUGCCCAGCAGCUAUGUACGGCGUUAUUAUUUUUAAGUUCACAAGAAUUAAAUAUCAUACACUGUGAUUUAAAACCAGAAAAUAUAUUAUUAUGUAACCCUAAACGGUCAGCAAUUAAGAUAGUAGAUUUUGGCAGUUCAUGUCAGCUAGGGCAAAGGAUAUAUCAAUACAUACAAUCACGUUUCUACCGCUCUCCGGAGGUACUACUAGGAAUACCGUACGACUUAGCAAUCGACAUGUGGUCUCUCGGCUGCAUACUGGUGGAGAUGCAUACCGGUGAGCCGCUGUUCUCGGGCUCGAAUGAGGCCGACCAGAUCAACAAGAUCGUGGAGGUGCUCGGGAUGCCACCGAAGCACAUCCUGGACCAGGCGCACAAAACUCGCAAGUUCUUCGAGAAGCACCCGGACGGGACGUACGUCCUGCGGAAGACCCAAAACCAGCGCAAGUACAAGGCACCCGGCUCGCGGAAGCUGCACGACAUCCUGGGGGUGGAAACGGGCGGUCCGGGAGGGCGGAGGCAUGGCGAGCCCGGCCACAGCGUGUCCGACUACCUUAAGUUUAAGGAUCUAAUAUUAAGGAUGCUGGAUUACGAUCCGAAAACGCGCUGCACACCGUACUAUGCCUUGCAACACAACUUCUUCAAGCGGACGUCGGAUGAAAGCACCAACACAGCGAACACGAUCAGCUCGCUCAGUACGAGCCCGUCAGUUAGCACGCAAGACCCAAGCAGUCAUGGUCUAUCAUCAUUGCAACACCAACCUCAGUCAAUGCACCAUCAGUCGCAGCAGCAGCAACAACAAACCCAGCAGCAGCACCAUCAGUCAUCAUCCCAGUCGGCGGCAAGUAUGCUUUUACUGUCGCAGGCGGCCGCUGCCGUAGGUCUUGGCAACAACACCAGCGCCGGUAUCUCCGGGCCUUCCAUCAACACUAGCAAUAGCAGCAGUAGCAUCAUCAUCAAUAACAAUAGCAACAAUAACUCACUCGCAAUGGAAUGUGAUCCACCGGCGAUGAUGGUACAGACGCAUUCAGUCCUAUCGACAUCGGCGAACCCCAACCAUUACCAUCGGAAUCGCUAUCUUCAGCAGCAGCAGCAACAACAGCAACAACAGCAUCAAUUGCUUGGUCACAAGAGUUACGCCCCCGCUUCACUGCCAAUCGACUUGGGGGGUAUCGCUCACGGCGGCCAGGUUAUUGAUCCAUCCACAUCGGCUUCGCAGGCAGCAGCGGCCGCCGCCCUCAUGUCCGGCAGCUUUAGCACCCAUCCGGUCGGUGGUACCAGCAGCAGUAGCGGCGUUGGCACCGGCGGCGGAAACAGCAGGAGCAUACUUUCGCACAGCGCCAGCUAUGCACCCUUCUCGAUAAAUGAUGCUGCCCUUCUGAUGGGUCACACCGGUGUUCCGACUAGCCAUGGCGUCCUAGGGUUCGUACCCAUGGGACCGAUCGGUAACAGCAGCAGUAGCAGUGGGAUGGCUGGCCCAGGCUCACUCGUUACCAGCACUGGAAGCGGUGGAGUGGCAGCUAUCGGCAGCAUAGUUGGUGGUAGCGCCAGUGGUGGCAGCAGUAGUAGUAGUAGCACAAGCUCCAAGGGUCUAGGACGGGCAGCGGCAGCAGCAGCUGCGGCCGCUGCCGCCGCUUCGAGCGAACGGGACGAAUCGCCCAUGGUUGGCGUUUGCGUGCAACCGAGUCCGGUCAUAAUCCACUGAAUGAAUGAUACGAUGAUAGCUAGAGAUGGAUGGCGUGUGCAUUCGAGAGAGUUGGAUAGCGUGAGGUGUGUGUAGGGUGUGCGAAAGAGAUGGAAGUGUGCAGUGCCAAACUAUACACACUACCAUACACUAUACUAUUACUGUAAAUCUUAGGAAGAUGUUUUUGUCGUGGGGUUUACGCUUCUCGAUGUCAGUGAUUUGGUUCUAUUCGAGCUCUAUCAUCCCAUGUGAGCGAAGGUACAGUACACUGAAGCAGUUCGUUCGCAAGAAAUAAUUGGCCUUAACUUGAUUGUGAAUUUCCAGUUUGGCGGGAGAAAUGCAAGCUUAUUUUGCUAAUAUUUUUAACUUUUUUGCGGAACAUAUUUACCAAUCGUGGUCGAGAGUUUUACUGCAAUAGAUAUAUAAAGAAAUAUAUAGAUUAAAAACGUCCAAUUGUACACAAUCUCUAUUUUAUAAUUUUUCAAAGACGCCAGCUUCUUGAAUGGAAUGAUCUCCAAAUGCUUCUUCGAUUAUACUAACGAUCUCAGAGCAACUUUGCCGUAUCGACGUAGUGAAGUUUGAUUCAUUUAGAAUCCGGAAUCACAAAACCAGUUGUAUCUCCGGAUUGGUUUAAGGUACAAAAAAUGUUUUUGUAUAAAAAUGCAGAUAAUUUAUUGUUCUUUCAGAUAUUGAAAAAGAGUAUUCCGUUACAGUUUUGAUGAAUUUUCGUACUUUUCUUCGGAUAGCCUCCAUCAAAGAUUGGACUCUCUGUUGGUUAACCUCAACGGACUUUUUAUUGCAACGAUGUCUUCAUAUCUGCAGCAUCCCGAGUCAUUCUGGCACCCUUCUGAAUAUUGGGCAAUUUUCAAGCAGAAAUUGGCUUGGCAAUAUUUUCCGUUUGGGCGGAAUUGGGAGCACUUGAAAAUAUUGAGGUAUUUUUUCAAUAUAAUCGACCCCAUUGUCACGGUACCACUGAAGCACCUCUCGACUGUAGUGACAACUUGCCAACCCAACUACCAAAUCCCCUUCAGUGUGACGUUUUUAUGAUGAUUUUAUUCAGCUCUAAUUGCCAUCAAAUCCUCUAUUCAAGCCUUGUUCAAGCAAAUUAGGAGAAAUUAUUGUGCAAUAGCCAAUAUUGUUCGUUAAAGGCAGUUUAAAGCCAAUUAGAAAUCGUUUAUCCAACUCCAAGUUGUAGUGGAAACGUCUAUUCGACCAUAUUCUGAAUUGAUUAGCUCUACUUAGACUGCGAUAUCGAAAAAGAUCUUUUUCUGACAUCAUUAUUUUCUUCUACCAAAUUUCUAUAAAUAUAAUUAGUAUUUUAGUACCUUGACAGACGCCUAUUAGAGACUUUCACAGCUAACAGAUAAAACUUGAUUAGUUUCUGACGAACUUUUGAAAAACAAAAUUGAAAUGAUAAAUAUUCAAACUGCAUCGAUGAUCCUCCAUGAAACCAUUUGGUCCGUUAGAACACAUAAAAAUGUAAUGCCAAGCAAUCGAACAUGAGCUUAAAAACACUGGCAGCAAAUGCUCAUUUUGGUAGUCCAUCAUGUGUUGCUUUGCUGUUGAAUAAACGUUUUCAAAUUGUUUUUCUAGCAUAUUACCCGUGUAAACAUCGAUGGUUGAACAAAAGCUUCAAUUUUGUCUAAAUAAGCUUUUAUACAACGUAUAUUUCAGCAUAUUGUCUUAUUGAGCACUGAAUACUAUUGUUUGACCAUUAUUAAACUGAUUAAUUUUAUAACAGCUAAUGAUCGGUUCCUGUCAGUAGGGCAGAGAGCAAUGUCCUAGAUAAAAGGUAAUGAAGAUGGUCGUUUUUCGAGUGACAUAGUAUGCGCUGCCAUAACUAUUUCUCAAAUAGUAGCAUCAGUCGUUGUGUUUAUAUUCGAUUGCUUACCAUAUCCAUGUGAAAAUGCUUUUUUAGUAUAUCUUUUAUCAAUUAAAAACAUACAUUUCAUUGAAGUUCCCGCUGAUUAUGAAUAUAAUGUGAAAGCAUGCAGUGGAUAUUUGUGAAAUUACGUUGAAAAAGACGAAUAAAAGUGAUAUUUCAGUACAACAUCGAAAAAAUCGAAUUUUUGGUUUUUGCAUUUUUGGGAAGCUUAUGCCCUCAGAAAUGUUGUCAUCAAAGAAUUUUUCGAUAUUUGAUUUCGUUGGAAAGUUACAACCAAAAGCAUGAAGUCACCUCAAGGGACAUAUUUUAAAAAUUUAAGAAUUUUAAAACGCGCUUUUCUCGAAACCAUCUUUUUUCAACUGGUGGUAUCGAUGUCUCAGGAUUUACUCGACCGAUUUGACUGAAAUAUUUUAUCAGUUUGUAAAAAUGGAUUAUCUAAAGCGUUACAUAGUUGCUUUUAAUAUCUAAUUUUUUGAUUUUUCAUGAACUUCUAAACAGCGAUUUUUACGAAAAAUAAACAAUUUUUAACAAAAAUUCCUAUGUGGAAAAUAAAAAAAAAAAUAGUUAAAUGAUGAAAAUUAAACAGUGAAUUCAAAUUAGUUUGAAAAAGACCAGUGGUAAGAUCGACAAUGUCGAAGUAUUCAUGCACAAUAUGUGGUGGUUAUGGCGACUAGCGGGGUCAAGCUUAAUCGAGAUGAACCUAUUUUUCAUUUCGUCUUUUCGCUCUUCUCGCAGAUGAUUAUCAACUGUCUUUCCAUUGAAUGGAACUCCUGGUCCAACACCCUCGGACAAUCGAUCCAAAAGAAGUUUUGUUUCGUCCCAUUCGAUAAACGAAAUGGAAGAAUUGCAUUCGCUAUGCCUAUGCCUAUGUAUUUUUGGCAAUUUAUGCGCUUUUGCUGGAAUUUCCGCUUGAACCACUGAUUUGUGUUGCCGUUUCGGAGUAAUUUCAGAAUAAUUAAAGCAGUGUCUCAAUAAGAAAAUCGCACACUUGUCAGGAUAUUGAAAAUGAGCAGUCACAACAUUCCUGACCAUUCAAUGGCAAUGAAUAAAUGUGAAUGAAUUCUCAUGACUCGAACUUUAAAGAAAUCACAGAUAGAACAGAAUGAAUAUGAAUGUACACAGUAGUAAAUUUAUUUGCCGUGGAACGAAUGACAGCAGUAUCGACAAUCGAAAUAAACGCGUUACACUGAUAAAUAUCUGUUUUCAAUAUUUCUUAAAAAGCUCAAUAUUUCCAAGCCCUGGUUGUCAUCAUCCGAGAGAACUCAGGAAAACUGAUUCCGUUGCAACCUUCAUAUUUUGUAUAUGAGAUCAAUUAUUUUUUCGAAGCUCACUGACCUUUGUAACCAGACCUGAACAGCAAUUUCACCGUCACUACAAGCUACAAUAUCCGGAGUCGACAACAUUUACAACCAUGACACGAAUGUCACAUAGUGAUAGUGUCUUAAAUAAUAAUAGUAAUAAUUUACAGUUGAAAUCGACGACAAACACAACUGUAAAAUAUAAAUUAUCAGACAGAAACGCUUCAUAUAUCCGAGAUUUGCAUGGAAAGAAACUCGAUCGAUCAAAAUUAUCUUCCAACCGCGUUUUGGCUCGCAUUGUUCUUCCAUCACAGUGGUAUGGAACCGAUAUCAUUGACAAAGCGGCCCUUUUAGUUUAAUUUGUUGAGAUACCACGGGGUUUAUCUUUGAUAGAGCAAUAACGUACAGAAUCUAACCGAAUAAUGGUCACGAUCAGUAUUCUGGGAAACCGAUUGAGUAUGCGAAUAUGCAUCCGGCCCAUCUGCCGAAACGACGAACCCCAAUGUGUUUCAUGUCGAAUAUACGAAUUCAUCCUAGCUAAUUUCCAUACGAGUAUAACCAAAAUCCACUACCAUUACCACUAAAUGCAUUACACGAAUAACUUUUGUCUUUGUUUGUACCACACUACAACACAAUCACGUGCAAGAAAAAAAAACCAUCUACAUCCAUUUGUUUGCUAGAAGGAGAGAGGAAGGAUUGCAUGACAGAGAAAAGUUGGGAGGAAUCCAAAUCAAACGCAAAAGAAUGAUGGCAGGACCGAAAGAGCACACCAACAAAAGCACGCCAAUCAGUGUUCCUCCCUUAGACAUGCGUAUUUUUUCCGGAAAAGGCGUGUUUGGGUGUGAAAAUCAGAGGAAUGAAUUAAAACACAUGAUAAUACUUAUUCAUGGACAAAUCCUGGGCACUUUGUGGCGUAGAACAAUAGGGAAAAAAUGUUGCGACCAAUAAUUAAACUUAUUAAAUUAUUAUUUAAAACUAAAUGCAAAUUGACCGGAGAACAAUGAGAAUGAAACACAGGACAAUGUUUCCCUCUUUUGUAAAUAGUAACUGAUAGCUCUAAUAGAAAAAUAGAGGAAAUGAGAAAAUGCAAACAACACGUUUAUCUAAGACGAAACGUAAUUAGCGAGAGAAAGAGAUGGAUGGAAGCAGUAAGUAUUUAGAUCAAUAACUAAAGGAAAAAGUAAAUUAAUUAAAUUAAUGACUAAACAGUAGGAUGUAAGAUAAGUAAAAAACACAACUAAGUAAGAAAAAAUAAGGUAAUAAAAACAAAAAAAAAAACGCUACCAGCAAGCAAAAAAUGUGAAUUAGCAAAACAAAAAUAUGAUAAAAAGAAAAUCCCUUCUAAUGGUUAGAGGACCCUAGCAUCAUAUGAUUAUCAAUCCCGAUAAACAAUGCUGGAGGAAGUGCAGAAUUUCAGCCAAGUCGAGCCAAACAAAACUACGAAGCAAAAAAAAAACACACACAUGUUCACAAAUGGCAACAAGUAUGACUUCGGCUCCUCCCGGAAGGCGUAACGUUCCGCCGGAGAGUGGCGUAACAACACGUGACUGGGCUAAGAAACUAAAGAGAAACAAAAAAUGUCAUACCGCUAGAAGAAACACAUACCAAGCAGCAAAGAACUGAGUUGAAAAACACAUACACGCAUUAGUGAAAACGAGAGAAAAUAAGAAAAAAAACAAGAAGAAAGUUAUCUUCUUAUGAAAAACAAAUGAAACAAAAGGGAGCGUACUCUAUUCUUUAAUCAUUAAUCGAAUAAAAAUAAUGAAAAUACAAUGAGUAAUGCAACCUAAAUUAAUAUAUUUAUACACUUAAGACCGAGGAAACGACUUGGAGCGAAGUGGAGUGGAGAAUCGAAUAGUGAGGAAGCGUCGAGCCGACACUGGAAGCAGUGGGAGUUAGAAGCGAGAGGAUAAAAUCAAUGAUAUGACAACACAAAAAGACAAUGUAAAAAGCAAAAAAAAAACAAACAAAACGAAAAAAAGAUUA